AUGGGGUUUAGUACUACUGCACAGUCCGUCUCACGUUUCUUCAUCUGUGCGUGGAAGACACUAGCAUCAUGGGAUAAAAUUAGAAAACGCAGCCAAAACCAAAAUUGGGCCUUUAUGCAGGAACUAUGCCGCCGCUUUUCGCUGGCUGAGAUCAGAGCAGCAACCGAAUGCUUCAACGACAAAUUUUAUAUUGGCAGGGGUGCCUUCAGCUCGGUCUAUAAAGGGUACAUCAACGGUGGGGCUACUGUUGUUGUAAUCAAGCGAUUUACAGCCAGCACACGAGACUUCAGGAACGAGGUGCAGCUGUCCUGCCAGCUGCGCCACCCCAACCUUGUCCCUAUUGUCGGAUUCUGCGAAGAAAAAGGGGAACUUAUCCUUGUCUACGACUAUAUGCCCAACGGUGCCUUGUCUUCUAAGCUGUUCAAUAUAGCGGAUCUUGAUCCGCUGCCCUGGAAGCAGAGGUUGAACAUAUGUAUAGGGGUAGCACGCGUGUUGCACUACCUCCAUGCAGGGCUAAAGCACGCUCUCAUCCACCGCGACGUGAAAUGCGCCACCAUUCUAUUGGAUGAAAGGUUAGAUGCCAGGCUUUCGAACUUCACGAUAUUGAAGAUGGGUCCUCCUAGUUUGUCAAAUGCACUUAUCCGAGUGACCUCUGAUAGGAUCGGCCCGAUCGGGGGUACUUUUGGUUAUAUUGAUCCACAGUACCUCACUUCGGGACAAGUUACAGAAAAAUCUGAUAUCUACUCGUUUGGAAUGGUGUUGUUGGAAAUUUUGUGUGCCAAACCGAUAGUGCUUCUAUCAUACAGAGAAAGACUGGACACCUUAUGUGAUGUAAUGGACCCUUUUCUGAGAGGUAAAAUAUCUCCGGAUUGUUUAGAAAAAUUUAUGGAUGUCGUCCAGAGAUGUGUGCGUCCUACAGGCGCAGAACGACCCACAAUGGGCGAAGUGGAGGUGGAACUCGAGUGCGCAUUGGAGCUGCAAGACUGCGCAGAUGUCAAGAAGGAUGGUUCUGUUGGUCUUGCAGGUGACUAUAGCUACCAAGGGAUGUCAAUUUGUGAAAUUCAUGAUAUUUUUUCUUUUUUGUCUAGGCAGCCAUUAAUUUAGGAUAUGUCAGCCUUUAUUUGAAUAAAAUCCAGUUUUUCAGUUUCUGAUGAUGGUAGCUUCAAAUCCGACAAUAAUGUAGACAUUUUUAUGUACACCAUGCCCCUUUAAAUCCAUUUGUUUUUACAACAAACUCAUUUACAUA